AUGGGUGCCGAGGGCGGGCACUGGUGGUCGGCAGAAGGCGCUGUGGAGGUGCUCGCUGCUGCCCGGCUCUACUUGCACGCCACUAGGUUCAGAAUUGGCAUGGACCUGGGCACCGCCGCCUUUGCAGCUGCUCCCCGCUGCUCAGCUGCUCCCCGUGUACAUAAUUUAUUUUGUAGAGGAAGAAUAUGGCACGGGAAUGAGUUUGCACCUACUGUUGGAUUCUUCCUUACUACCCACCCGUCUCAGGAAAACACAUACUCUAAAGCAGUAAAACGUUCCACGUUCGAUGAUCAGCUUGGACAAUACAAUUUGGAUUCUUUUGGAGACUAGGAACAACUUUCAAGCUACUUGUCACAAAGUUUCAUUGAACGCCUUGG